CCAAAUUCGAAAAGAAGUACUAGAGUAGAACAAGUUCAAUUUGAGAUACAUUCAUCGUGGAGGGUUUAAUACCACGAUUGUUGAAGGACAGUCACGAAAUAUAAGUCCCAGGACUUUACCUUAAUUCCACUUGACAAAAUUUUAAAAAGAUUGAAGCUGGAAAUUUGAACAUGUUUGACCCCAUUCUAGACCCUCUCGGUCCCCAUGCAAGAGCACCAGAUCUAUUCUAUUCCAACGAUGAGGAUCCCGACACAGUGUUUUCUGGUAUUAUUAAAAACGUGACUGGGGUUCUAUGCCAUAUAGGGCUGCUGCUAUGGGGACUAAUUUUAUGGUUUGUUAGAUGGAUACAAAACAUGUUCUCAACUACAAAUAACCCUGAUGUUGAGCAGCCUUGUUUUUUGGAGAAGACCCAGGGCUUUCAAAGACCAGGUUUUACUUUUGUGCCCUUUUAUACGGAUUUUCAAGAGGAUCUCACUGACAAUGAAAGGCUUGAUAAACUCCUGGAAUUUCAUGCCCCUUCUCGAUUUAGUUUGGGCCAAUCUCCAGUUUCACCCUCUAUUCUCUCUCUCAUCCUCAAAGGUACUCUGGAAUACCCUAGUUCAGCAACAAUUAUUGACUGUGAUACAUUAAGUCAAAGUGACAUUGCGUCAAGCUCUUCGAACUAUGCAGCUUCUCCUGCUCUUGAUGAGGUCAGACCUAGCGUUCCAAAGACAGCGAAAUAUCUCGACUCUAGAACCUACACUAUAGGAGACUAUUGGCCAAGAAUUCUGGAAAUCUCCGAGAAAUCUUCAAUGGCAAACAGAUAUCUUGCCCCGAGUAAGUGCAAAGAGAAUGUACAACCUCGGAAAAGUAUUGAGCUUGUUUGUGUGUUUCGAAAUUACAAUGGUAUUUUCAUAUAUGUUUGUUUUUCUCAAAACAAUGAAGGCAAAAAAGGAGAGAUUCAGCUUUACUAUUCGAAAGAUGGUCAGGAACUUUUUAAAUUCAAUAUUACAAAUGGAAGUUUUAGAGACAUGUCUGGGCUUGAGACAGUCUCAAGCACUCAGCUUUCGUUUAAAACCCUUCCACAAGCCUUUUCAGAUAAACACCAUAAAAUCUUGUCAGCUAAAGGCUUUCAUUUUUGGAAAAAUGCAUAUUGGACGCAUCCCAAACACUCAAAAUCAGGACUCUCCAAUCUUCUUGCAGCUUGGCAAUUCAAAAGUUUUGAUUCUUCCGACACCACUCCGAAAGCCAAGACUAUAAGCAAAUCAACGCCAAAAAUUGAGCUAGCAACUAUAUUUUGUGGACUUGUGAUUCCCGAAAGCCCGCCUCUUAUUUCAAAAAUCUCUGACACCGAUACAUCAGAUCUUCACUAUGAAAAUAGUGAAACUCAUAGAAGAGCCACUCUUCAAACAGAGAUGACUGAAACUAACGAGAUGGAAGAUUCCGAGAUAUUUUUGAGCUCAGGGGAGACCUUGGCAACACCAGAAUUUUUUGAUGAGGAGCUAAUGCAGCUCAGUGAUGAAGAACUGGCCGGUUAUCCAAGCGACUUCAAUAGCUUGUGGAGUAUACUCGGUUUAGGUCGUGAUUAUGAAAAUGAGUGGAUAGUCGAUGAAAACUAUGAUGGAAGGGACAUUGCGGUACUCUGUGACUUGAAUGAGUCGCUUCCGGAUUUGAGACGAUUGACAUUUAUCACCAUUGUGAGGGCAAAUUUGAUGAACAAUUCGAGUGAGAUUCUGGAUGAACGUCCGAAAACUAUAUCUUUUGAUAGUGAUGAAAGCAAUUAUCCCAAUGCUGUGGAGCCCAAGUCAGUGGUGUAUUUUAACAUUGAUGAUGUGCCACAGAUGAUAUCAAGAUGCAGUGGUGACAGCAGCGUUGCUACAAAAAGCAUUUUGAAGAAGCCUAAAAUCCUGAAUGAGCGUAUAUCUAUUGAGCCUAGGGUCUUCAAACAGCCUCUUGGUGAUCAAGACUUGAGGAAUUUGGAAGUUCAGUUAUGGGAAAGGCUUCGGGAGUGCGCCCAGCUGACACACAGUCUUGAGGCAAAGCACAAUUUGUGGGAUCUCCGAGAAGUUCUUGGACAUUUCUACGAUUCCUUUGAAUUUGCCCGCAUGCGAUUUGCAGAGGUUGCCACAUCUCAAAUUUUUGGAUAUAUGUACCGUUUAGGAGAGUUGCGAAAGGUGGGUGAAUUGGCCGCAAAUCUCAUGCGUGGUGCUGGAAACCAAUACUCAAAUCUUCUUGUGAUCAUCCGUCUCGCCAAGAUUACGGAAAAUGCGGUGGUCACAGUUGAAAAUAGCAUUGGAGGCAUUCUUGAAGUUCUCUCAGAAGUUGGUCGUCUUUUGGGUGAGCUUCAAAAAGCGAUCAGCGAUAUGAAAGAUGACUUCAACGAUUUUGUUCCUGCCAUGAGCAGAAUGGGUAGCGUUGCAUUGAGCAUAGGCUUUGACUUAUCGCAGCUCUACGACAGCUUCUGCGACACUAAUGUGGAAGACUACAUCGAGCGACUGGUGAUAGACAAACUUACAGGGUACCUCAAAUUUAUGGACGAGAUGACCUUUUUAAGAAAAAACAAGGACAUUGAUUUUGAAGACAGUUAUGACGAUGCUUUAGGUAAACUACAGACCUCGCACGAUAUCAUUGACACUGCCAAAGAAGCGAUUGGCAGAAAUGCGAGAGACAUUCUUAGAGGUCUCCGUCUAGUGAGGCUUGAUCUAGUACUUGAAAACGAUGGGCUAAUGCCUCCGAAAACAACUCCAGAUAUUCAUCUCCAACGGGUGACUGGCAGCGAAUUGCAGAUCAGAACAAAGAGACCGUGAGAACUGAAUAAUACCACUUGUGGUGUUUUUGGCUUCCUUUCGCACCGCUUGUGCGUCUAGACAAUCAUGUAUAGCUGCUAUGAAAUCAAACUAGUGAUCAAGACUUCUGUGUGAGCCAGCCCAGUCAAUUCAGACAUUUCUUUUCUAUAAAAUCUAUCUUCUAUACGCUCUAUGGGCAUUAGGCCCUUUUAUAGGCGCGGAAAGGUGAGGAAAUAUUUGGAAGUACUCCUCACCAGGACAUGCAAGUGCAAACUGUAGAGCUGGCUGAUUUGCGUC